AUGAGCAUCCAGACGCCACCCACACUCCUGGUGCUGGCAGCAAAGCGCCUGCUGAGGGACCAGGCCUCGGCCAUCACAGCUCUUGAGUACCUGCCCGCCGAGCUCUUCCCGGACCUGUUCGUCCUGGCCUACCGUAGUGGACACCACCGCCAGCUCCUGAAGGCGAUGGCCCAAGCCUGGCCCUUCACUGUCCUCCCUCUGGGGGUCCUGAUGCAGCGUCCCCCUGAUCACGCCCCAACCAGCGCCGUGGGCUUAAAAGCCGUGUUCGAUGCACUUGACGUUCUGCUUGCCCAGGAGAUUCGGCCCAGGAGGUGCAAACUGCGGGUGCUGGAUUUAAGGAACACGGGUGCCAACUUCUGGAAUACUUGGUGUAGAGACAACGCCUGGCAUUGCUCACUGACAGGACCAGUGACUGUGCACAGCUCCAGCCCCAACAUGGAGCAUCCCCUGGCUCCCUUGGAGGUGUUCCUAGACCUUAACUUCAAUGAAAGGGACCGGGAUAAGUUUUCCAUGCACAUCAUCCAAUGGGCCCAGCAGAGGGAAGGGUUGCUACACCUGUGCUGCAAGGCAGUGAGGAUUUCUGGGGUGCCCUUCCAGAGGGUCAGGAGGGUCCUGGAUGGGGUGCAGCUGGACUGCAUCCAGGAGGUGGAAGUGAACUGCACCUGGGACCUGCCCACCCUGGGGACAUUUGCUCUCUUCCUGGGUCAGAUGAGUAACCUGCAGAGACUCUGUCUCCCCCACAUCCAAUUGUUGGCUGAGGAGGAUGAGGACGAAGAGCAGGAGGAGGAGGGCGAGGAAGAAGAACAGCAGGCAGAGGAGCAGGAGUGGGAGGAGGCAGAGAAGCAGGAGUGGGAGGACGAAGAGGAGAUGGAGUGGGAGGAGGAGCAGCGGUCCUUUUCCCAAUUCCUCUCUCAGAUGCUCAGGCUGCGGCACCUCCGGGAGCUUGACAUGCGUUCUCCCUCCUUCCUCCGAGGCCGUCUGGACCAGAUGCUCAGGUGCCUGCAGACCCCCUUCUGGACCAGAUGCUCAGCCCCCCUCCAGGACCCGGGUCUGGAUCACUGUGGGAUGACGGGCUCCCAAGUUGAGGCCAUCCUGCCUGCCCUGAGCCGCUGCCACCAGCUCAGCCUCUUCUCCAUCUCUAGAAACAGCUUCCCCGUGGCCACCGUGGAGAAGCUGCUGCGCCACACAUCCGGGCUGUGCAGUUUAGAGGUCGAGGUGUACCCCGUUCCCCUGGAGUGUUACAGGACCCAGGGGACUGUGGACCAGGAGAGACUUGCCCUGAUCCCGGCUAAGCUCACGGGGAUACUGAGGGAGUUAGGACGACCCAGGAGAAUCCUGCUUACCACCAAGCACUGUAGACAUGGGAGUUUUGUCACGUGGCAUUUUCAUGACAUGGAGCCCGUGAUGUGCCCCUGUAGUGACCCUGCUCACCAGGUGCACCUAACAAGGGCUUCCUUCUAG